UCUCAUAAGCAAAGAUGGCGACGAAGUUUGGCUGGAAGAGAAAAUUGCCUCAGAAUGUAGUUGAGAAAAGGGCUGCUGUAUUCGAUGAAAUCAACCAAAAUCCCGAUGAUAGUGAAGAGCCAUUUGAAUUGGACUGGCGAGUUCUUUUGGUGAAAAAAGGUUUGAAAAGCAUUGAAGAUAGCGUCGCCAAAAGCAAGCGACUUGAAGAAGAAGGAGUCUCUCUAGCAGAGCAACAGAGGUACUGGGAAGCACUCAGGAAAUGGAACGAAGCGAUAUCGUUGACUCCAAACAAUGCAAAUCUUUACGAAAUGAAAUCACAGGUACUAUUAGAGCUACACGAGUUGUUCCCUGCCAUACAAGCAGCAGAAAGAGCAGUGUCUCUGAACCCUCACUGGUAUGUAACCUAUCAAACUCUUGGUCGUGCACAGAUGGGGUAUGGUGAUGUUGAGAUGGGGGUGAAAAACUUCUCAAAAGCUAUUUUCUUACGACCUGAUGACUUAGAGAUGUGGACAGAGGAUUUACACUGGGCCUGGAAACUAAGAGACCAGAAAAGGAAACAAGAUGAGAACAAGAAUGGUAGAAAUCUUCCUGAACAAGAAAGCAAAGAACUUUUAGAGCUAUAUGCCUCAGACUUAGAACAGGAAAAAGAGAUGGAACGGACUUCAAUGAAUUUAAUAACCAAGGAAAAGUGAAAGAUGUAACAUUUAAAGAAUGUAUUUGAAGAAAACAGUUGUGGUCAGGCAAUGAAAGUCUCUUCCAGGAACUUGACCUGCGAGUGAGUGGCACAUGGAGUGCAAAAUGUCUUGGAUUACAGCUUGUGCAACUGAUCAGUAGUCUGGUCAGUUUCCUUCAAAACUUGUUGCGAUGUAAUGCACAUAACCCCUGGAGUUGAGUAAAUUGUAGUCACUAGUUGUGAUAGGGAAUGUACAGUGACCUUAAAACAUAUGGUUAAUGGCAUGGAGGUAGAUGGUCAUAAAAAACAACAGUUUUACUGGCUACAUUUCUGUAGCAUUUUGGGAAGGGGAAGUAAACAACUUUAAAAAGCACUCAAAUCAUUUUGAACCGAGAGAACAAUAAUAAAGUUUCCAUUAAUUUAAAACAUAUGGAAGCCCUGGAUAACUUGUCAUCCUUCACAAUGACAAGAUUCCACUUCUAACCCUUAACUCCUAAAUGUGAUGAGCUUACAAUAUCACCUGUCAAUCAAACAUUUUAAUGCUUACUAGAAGAAAAGAAAUGAUCACCAGUUAGAGGUGUUCUUCAUUGUUAAAUGAAUUCUCCUUGUUAGCACCUGAGGAAAUUAUAAAGAGAACAAUGUGGAUAAUGUGCAUGUGAUGUUAGGGUGUACUCCCACAUAUUUUUCUGCUCCAAAUCUAUUCAUUCCUAAAGAGAAUGCCAAGGUAUUACAUUUCUGGGAUAUUUCGUUUAUUGAAGCCAAGUAAGUGUUACUAAUCAUUGUCUUAUUCUGGAAAAUCCUAGUUUGCCCUUUCUUAAACACACUAAUAAUGAGGAUGUGAUUUACAACUAGUUUCUCUAAUAUUGUAUGGUGGUCAACUGAUGAGGUCUUGACAUAACCAGUUUAAUCUGUAAAUGGCACAGGCAAAAUAAGAGUCAAAAGUAAAGCUAACACAAAUUAGUA